UACGUCAACGCCUCUUUGACGUCAUCAGCCCGUUUCUGGUAGUUUUUGGGAAGAGGAAGACAUGGCCGCAAGGUUACUUCUGAGAAGCGCCGUCCGGGCCGCCGUGACCCGCAGGGCCUCUCCGGUGGUCGCGCUGAGCAGAGGGAUGGCGGCGGGGGGCAUUCCCACCGACGAGGAGCAGGCAACUGGACUCGAGAAGAAGAUUAUGGAUGCUAUGAAAACAGGCACAGAUCCAUUCAGCAUGCUGAAGCCCAAGGAGUAUGCCGGGUCGAAGUCGGACCCCCAUCUCGUACCGUCCAUCACCAACAAAAGAAUCGUCGGUUGUGUCUGUGAGGAGGAUAACACCGCUGUGGUUUGGUUCUGGCUCCAUGAGGGUGAAGCCCAGCGCUGUCCCUCGUGCGGCUCACAUUACAAGCUGGUGCCUCACGAGCUUCCUCACUGAUCCUGCUGCCUCCAUCGCGGCGUCACAUCCCAGAAUUCCAGAGACGUCUUGACCUCAUUUCAUUUUUGUCUUUUUGCAAAGAAGUAUAGGAGACGUAACCUCUCCUCCUCCUGGUGUGGGACACAACAUUUGAACAAUUCCUAAAAAACAGUUUACUUAAAUUAUUGGAGUGUAUCUUUAGCGUUUGGUCUGGUUACACCUAAUAAACAUGCUUACUCUGA